AUGGUUUAUGGUGAAUUUUUCCGCAGACCUGGCAAAGAUGCAGAACUUAUCAAUUUGAAUGUGGGUGGCUUUAAGCAAUCGGUGGAUCAAAGCACCUUGCUCCGAUUUCCCCAUACCAGACUUGGGAAACUUCUCAAAUGCCAUUCAGAAGAGGCUAUUCUAGAACUGUGUGACGAUUACAGUGUUGCAGACAAGGAAUAUUACUUUGACAGGAAUCCUUCCUUGUUCCGAUAUGUUCUGAAUUUUUACUACACGGGCAAACUUCAUGUCAUGGAAGAACUUUGUGUCUUUUCCUUCUGCCAGGAAAUAGAGUACUGGGGGAUAAAUGAGCUGUUUAUUGACUCCUGCUGCAGCAAUCGGUACCAAGAAAGGAAGGAAGAAGGUCCUGAGAAAGACUGGGAUCAGAAGAGCAAUGACAGAAGUAUAGACUCCUCUAACGAAGAGUCAUCCAUAUUUGAUAAAGAGCUGGAAAAGUUUGACAAUCUGUGUUUUGGUGAAAUAAGAAAGAAGAUCUGGGUCAGAAUGGAAAAUCCUGCAUACUGCUUGUCUGCCAAGUUAAUUGCCGUGUCGUCCCUCAGUGUUGUCCUGGCGUCAAUUGUGGCCAUGUGCAUUCACAGCAUGCCAGAGUUUCAAAGGCUGGACGCCAACGACAGGGAGAUUGAAGACCCUGUGCUGGAAGCUGUGGAGAUUACGUGCAUCAUCUGGUUCACUGCUGAGCUAGUGAUCAGGCUCAUCACUGCUCCAAGUCAAAAGAAGUUCUGGAAGAAACCACUGAAUAUCAUUGAUUUUGUCUCUAUUAUCCCAUUUUAUGCCACGUUGGCUGUGGACACGAAGGAAGAAGAAAGCGAAGAUAUUGAAAACAUGGGAAAAGUGGUUCAGAUUCUGCGGUUAAUGAGGAUAUUUCGCAUCCUGAAACUGGCCAGGCACUCUGUAGGACUGCGGUCUUUAGGCGCCACUCUGAGACAUAGCUAUCAGGAAGUUGGACUUCUGCUUUUGUUUUUGUCUGUUGGGAUUUCUAUUUUUUCAGUGCUUGUCUACUCAGUGGAGAAAGAUGAUGACUCAUCAGAACUGCACAGCAUCCCUGUUUGCUGGUGGUGGGCAACCAUCAGCAUGACCACUGUUGGUUAUGGGGACACUUACCCGGUCACACUUGCUGGAAAGCUGCUUGGUACCCUGUGCAUUAUCUGUGGGAUACUAGUGGUAGCACUUCCAAUCACCAUUAUUUUCAAUAAGUUUUCAAAGUACUAUCAAAAACAAAAAGAUAUUGAUCCAGAUCAAUGCAACAAUGACCGCAAAGAGAAAUGUAAUGACCUACCUUAUUUUAACAUUAGGGAUAUUUAUGCAAAAAAGAUGCACUCCUUCAUUUCUAGCCUUUCUUCAGUAGGCAUUGUAGUUAGCGACCAAGAUUCAACAGAUGCCUCCAGCAUCCAAGAUAUGGAGGAUGUUUAUAACACAACAUCUUUAGAGAAUGGUACAGAAAAAUGA